CGGUGUGGGCGCAGCGGAGGACUCCUCUAUAAAAGCCGGGAUCCCACGGACUGACGUUCCUGUCUCUGCCCGACCACAGGUUCUUUUCGGUUCUGUUCCCCCAGCUGCAGUUCGGACCAAAUAAAAAAAUAAUAAUAAUAAUAAAUCCAAAAAAAAGCCUCGGCAUCACAGAAGGAAAUCUCCCCGGUUUAUGGUUCUGACCCACGAGACGACAAGGAUGUCCCGGACCGACGAGGUGCACCGUAUAACGGAGAAUGUUUACAAGAACAUCAUGGAGCAGUUCAACCCGUGCUUACGGAACUUCAUAGCCAUGGCGAAGAGCUACGAGAAGGCGCUCACCAGUGUCACAUUUGCUGCAAAGGGCUACUUCGACGCUCUGGUGCGGAUGGGCGAGAUGGCCAGCAAAAGUCAAGGCUCUAAGGAUCUUGAAGAGACAGCAUGGGAUGUGCUCUUUCAGAUGGCUGAAGUGCACAGACAGAUCCAGAUCCAGCUCGAGGAGAUGCUCAAGUCUUUCCACAACGAGCUGCUCACCGAGCUGGAGAAGAAGGUGGAGCUGGAUGCUCGCUACCUGAACGCGGCCCUGAAGAAGUACCAGAUGGAGCACAAAAGCAAAGGGGAGAGUCUGGAGAAAUGCCAGGCGGAGCUGAAGAAGCUGCGCAGGAAGAGCCAGGGCAGCAAGCACUCGUCCAAGUACGGAGACAAGGAGAUGCAGUACGUGGAGGCAAUCAGCAACAAGCAGGGCGAGCUGGACAGCUACAUCGCCGAGGGCUACAAGAACGCUCUGUCCGAGGAGAGGAGGAGGUACUGCUUCCUGGUGGACCGUCAGUGCGCCGUGGCCAAGAACAGCAACGCCUACCACAGCAAGGGUAAGGAGCUUUUAUCCCAGAAGAUCCCGAUGUGGCAGCAGGCGUGCGCCGAGCCCAACAAGCUUCCGGACCGGGCCAUGUACCUGGCCCAGCAGAUGAGCGGUGCAGCCGGGACCCUGCCCGCCGGCGCUCACCACCCCGCCAUCUCCGAGCCCAUCCCCGGCGCCAAACCGCUGCCCGUGCCUCCGGAGCUGGUGGCCUUCAGGGGCCAGCAGAGGCUGAUGGGGGGCGUGGACGGAGCCAUGCCGGCGAUGAACGGCGCCGCCGGUGGAGAGGACUACCAGCAGUGGGUGGAGGGGAAGGUGGCCAAGGCCAAGGCCUCGCCGCAGAGCCWGCGGCACGGAGCCGAGGUCUACUCCAACACCCUGCCUGUGCGCAAGGCGGCCCCCGCCAAGAGCAAAACCACACUGCUGGAGACCCGGACCCUGCCCCGCUCCAGCUCCAUGGCCGCAGGUCUGGAGAGGAACGGACGAACCCGAGUCCAGGCCAUCUUCUCCCACGCGGCGGGCGACAACAGCACGCUGCUCAGCUUCUCCGAGGGCGACGUGAUCACCCUGCUGGUGCCCGAGGCCCGCGACGGCUGGCACUACGGGGAGAGUGAGAAGACCAGGAUGCGGGGCUGGUUUCCCUUCUCCUACACCCAGGUGAUCUCUGAGGCUGACGGAGGMACCAUGAGGCAACUCCGAGUUCACAACCUCCACCACGGGAAAAGCAGCAGCACAGGAAACCUUCUGGAGAGAGAGGACAUGGCUCUGCCCGCCCCGGACUACAGCGUCCACUCCCGCAUGGCUGCGCAGAGCGCAGCGGCGUCUCUGCACGGCCGACAGCAGCGCCCCUACAGCGUGGCUGUGCCAGGCUUCUCACAGCAGGGAGUUGAAGAGUAUGAACCUCGCUUCCCCACAAGUUCAUCAGAAGUCAAAUUGAUUUCCACAGUGUGAGGACAGACAGACAGAUACAGAUGAUGUGAUAGGACACAUCUCUUCCUGCUUUAGCCCCUCCCUUUCCUGCCUCCUGCUGCUGCUUUCGGCACUAACCUCAUCUUGAGCCAAUGAAUGCAAAGAAGAGACGUGGUUCUGUCUUAUUCACCUUCCUGUCAUCUCCUCCCCCUCCUCCUUCACCACGUGCCGUCUGUACCGCUCAGUAGCUCCACCCAGCCGCCGGUGAACGUCCACACCGAACCAGAACCAGAACGGACUCUGUGCCACAGAUAUUCAAUGUGACAGACAUUUUCUGUAUGGAAAAAGGAUCCUUUGCUCGUCUUUCAUGCAUGUACAUUUCCACAAAUGUCAGUGGUCUCCUGUGGAACGACACAGUGAAGGAAAUGAAAGCGGCUGAUCCCAAAGAGGAUCUUCAUAAAGUAUAAAUAUUCGUUUUAAAUCUGACUGGAUCUUUCAGUAUUUAAUGAAUUUUCAUGCUGUGAAGUUUUUUGUAUUCCUCUGAGAAGAGAAACCAUGUUGUUGUAAAGAGCUCGUGGAAAUGUUUUAACAGAAAUCUGAAUGUUUACUUGUACAUAAACGUGUCGUCUUACAGUAAACGAUCUGUUUGUUAAAAAAUGCACCUUAUCACACUAAUAAUCUCUUUCUGACUUUAUGUUAAAAAUAACUGCAGUUAGUUUCUGUAGACUUGGAGGGACACUGUGCUCUGACACACUUACCCAGGUGCUUUUAUUUUCUUAAUCUGCGCUGUGAACUUCCUGCUGAGGCUGAACAAGGUCAAAUAAAGGAUCAGGAAAUUAUUUAGUGGGGGGAAAACUAUAUGACCCAAUUGUUUCUGUAUCCUUCAUUUAAUUAUCAAACAUUUGGUUCUGGGAAACGUUUGAUUGCUGGGUGACCGGAUGAUUAAAAAAAUUACAAUUUAUAGGUCAUUUAAUGUAAAACAAAUAAAAAUCACAGAUGUAAUCCAAGCUAAUGACUGGAAAACACCUUAUAUUACAUUUUAAUUGCAGACUUAGUGGUCAGAAGCCUCACAGUUGAGAUAAAUUAUAAAUAAUGUACAAAAUAAACCAUUUCACUUUAUUUUCCCGUAUUUAAACAUUGUGCCUAUACUGUGGAUUAUUUUGUUUCAAACUCAAAGAGCAGUAAAUUGUUACCGAGGCGUCAGAGCUUCAUGUUCUACGUUAUUAACAUUAAAACCUCAGCGAGUAAAAAAUUAAAAAUAAAAAAAUCACAUUUUAAAGACAACACAAGUCUUUGAUUCUGUCUGGGCUGAAUGUCGACCCAGCUGGUGCUCGUCUUUCUAACUUCCAUCCCCGUGUCCUCUGAUUGGUCCAACAGGACGUMUUUUAUUCUCCUGCCAUUUGCUUCUAAAGACUGUGAAGUUUUUCCUUUUUUUUUAUUCUAUUGAUGAUUUUUUUUGUUUUGUUUUGUUAGCUGCUCUGCAAAGAUGCCUAAACUCUAAAAUGUUUAUUUUUGAAAUGAAACAUUUAGAAGAAUUAUUUUACUAACAGAGCCACUUGUUUGACGCCGGGUUCAGGAUGAACCUGUUUGCAGAUCCGAGGCUUCGUUCCAAACGUCAGCUGUGUUUUCUGUCCAACCAGCCUCUCUCCCCCUGAACUUUGUCAACCAGCCACUUUGUCUUUUAUUUGUUUUGAUGAAUUUAGACAAAAAAAAAAAAAAAAACAAGUCGAGCGCAAACGACCGGGAGCUGCCAGUGUUUCGUUUUUCUUCACUAAAACAGUCCAAGGUUCGACUGCCCCGGCUGCAGAUCACACUCAGACUGUGAAGAGUUUUAUGAGGAAAAUAAAAUAAAGUUAUUGUACAGAGAAUUUAUGAUAUGCAUGCUUUGGGGGCAGCAAAAGUGUAAGAUUUGAUGACCUCAAAUGUAUGGUAAAUUUCUACUAUCAAAUAAAUUUUAUUGAGACCAA